ACCACCAUUCAGAGAAACGAGGAGGCGGGCGCUAAUAGCUUAUCGGGAUCUGCUGAUUGGACGCUUCUGUGGUCACCGGAAGUGUGGAAAGUUAGGAGGAGGAUAAGCAUUGAGGAGCUACGGAGACACGAUUGCGGAUUAUCUAGCGGGAAAUAGAAUCCAUAGGCAGAGAUGGGACGCAGGAAGUCAAAGAGAAAGCCUCCACCCAAGAAGAAGAUGACCGGGAACCUUGACACCCAGUUCACAUGUCCAUUCUGUAACCACGAGAAGUCGUGUGAUGUUAAAAUGGAUCGAGCACGUAACACAGGGGUCAUUUCGUGUACGGUAUGCCUGGAGGAGUUCCAAACUCCAAUAACCUAUCUUUCUGAGGCUGUAGAUGUUUACAGCGACUGGAUUGAUGCCUGUGAAGCUGCUAACCAGUAGAAGGACUCCUUUGUAGCUGCCACCUAGCCCAGCAUCUUUGUGGCUGCCAGCGUUUAUCCUUGCGCACACCUCGUGAAAGGUGGACUCCAGCCAUUGGGGGAAUAUGGAAUUGGCCAGCACCAACCCUGCAUUUUGACCCCAUUGGAUCACAGCUGCUGAAACAAGUCAUAUAUAUAUAUAUAUAUAUAUAUAUAUAUAUAUAUAUAUAUAUAUAUAUAUAAUAUAUAUAUAUAUAUAUAUAUAUAGAUCUUUAACAAUGGAAAUAUUUGUAAAGUCUAUACAAACACUCGUUUGUUUGCCCACCCCCUGUUUAUUUUGAAAGACAUUUUGUGUGUACUAGCAGAACAGUUUUUGCCAAAUUAUACAGCAAGGCAGCUCCCCUCCUCUAUGUUUAAAUGCAAAUUUCCAGACGAGGCAUGUCCUAUCCAUUUAUAAAUACAGUAUAUUUUAAUUGGAAGGUAGUGCCUAACGGCAAUAGACAUAGGGCUCUGUUUUUCAGAAUUCUGAGGGAGUGUUUUCCAUUAGAAAAGGUUAGCGUGUUUGUGUGAAUACACUAAUGAAUUCUCUACAACCAGGGCAAAAUUAAUGGACUGUGACACCUUCUUGUUAAAGGCGGGUAGAUAUUAAGUGAUAAAUCUGCCUGAAAACAGUUUAAUUCAUUGUCAUUGGCUUCUGGGCUAUUAGUGUUUUCAGUAGAUCGGACACAUUGAUGCCUAAGAAGGAUGACAACCCAUUUCAGAGCUCAUAAAUAUAGUGUUUAAUAUUAUAUACUGGUUUUAAAACAUUAAAAUCAAGUUAUUGUCCACUCUCCCUCUCAUCAAUGUGUCUCUCUCUACAUGCAGGCUUUGUGUCGGUCAAUGUUUUUUGUAAGGCCGUUAGUUCUAGUACAUUUUAUUUACGUGAGAUGAAGCUUUGAUUACAUUUUUGUGAUAAGUUCCCCUUUGUGUUCUUAAUGUAUGCCUUGAAAAGGGUUUUGCAGGUGGGAUUUGUGCGGAGAGUGUGGACGGCAAGUCUGUGGUUGUGUUGUAGGUAAUAGUGUGACAUUACUGUUGGUAGGGAACGUUACUGUACUAAAGAUCAGUUUGGAAAUCUUUGCAUUUAUAUUUCACUGCCUAAAAAAAAAAAAAAAAAAAUCAGACGGCAGUUAGGCUACAUGGCUGCUAAGAUCGUAAAGAAAAAUCUAACCAAUGAUAAAUAUAUUUUCCCAAAAAACAAGCCCCGAGUUUGGUUAUUGCCCUAAUGGCAUUUUUUUUCUGUUUUGUAAAUAAUUAGGAUUGUGUUCUAGAUACUUUGGAAACUUGGAAGCUAACCUUUAUUGUUACUAAUUAAUGGGAAAAGUGUUAUUUUUAUUAAACACAAAAUCGAGUGAC